CAAGAAGUCCUCUGCCCUGGACGAAAACACCGAGGCACGUGGGCGGAUGGGUGGUGCUUGGCAUCGAUCGGUGACCAUGGCAACUGCCUUACUGAUACUGGUAGAAGCCUCCGCGUACGGAUCCUGUGUUCAGCGCAUGGGCCCGAAUAACAUUUCACCCCCAGCUAUACCACCGUUUUGCCAACAGAAGUGCGCGGCUUGUGCCCCACGAAAACGGUGUCGUAGCACCCAAAUUCAAACGCAAUUUGUCACAUUCAGCAACGACAGAGGUCAUCACGUUCUGAACUAAUGAACAGAAGAAGACCCACAUACAAUGACUUGUCAUCCACCACUCUUUGUUACGAAAAAUAAAACGUAACCAUAUACUGAAGAGGGAGAAUGGAAGAGUGGAAGAAAUCAGAUGACGCAGAAAGAAAAGAAAGUGAUAAAAUUGAAGAAAAGCCAAACAGCAAAGGAGAGACAGAGGAUGGGGAUGAAGGAAUAGGGCACACAGACAUAAAAGAAAACAAGGAUGAGGAAAGGGAGAAGCCAGUUAGGAAAUGUGAAAAUGGAGAAGGUGUGGAAAGAGAGACGUAUGAAGACAAAGAAAUGGAGGGUGGUACUGUGAAGGAAAAGACAGUUGAAAUCAAGAAAGGUGAUGAUGACAGAAGGGUGAAGUCCAAGGACAAAGAAGGAAAAGAUUACAAGAACAGAGAUGCAAAAGAGAUGGAAGAAGGAUCACAAGUGGCUAGUGGUAAGAUAAAUGAGACUGAAGUUCAAGAGGUGGUUGACAUUGGUAAGGAAGGUCUGAAGACGUCUGUUGAAGUCCUGGCACCUGAAGAAGGAAAGCUGAAAGCAACUUACGAUCUGUCAGUAAGUAAGCAGGAUUCACUGACAAACAAACAAGAGUCAGAUAAACAUGAAGCAGCAAAUGGAGAUGUUGCUCAUGCAAUGCCAUCAAAGGAACAGGAUAAGGAAAGAAAUGAGGCGCUGAAGACUGUGGAAGCAGUAGCGGACAAAACUCAAGCACAAGACUACGCAGAAGGAACUACGGGAAGAGCUGGCGCAGGCCACGAGAAAGAAAAUCAUAAAGAAGAUGUGAAAAUAUCUGGUGAUAUGAACAGAGUACUGAAUAAAGAGGACACAGUCAUAGAAAUUAAAGAAGAAGAAACCACGGUUAUAAAGAAAGACAGAAAAAGAGACGAUGCUGGGAUAAUCUCUGUGCACCAGAAACCAGUUCACGAGAUGACAACUGUUGAGGGAAGCGUGAACAGAACUUUAGUAAGCAGUGCAAUCGAUCAGACCCCACAGAAGAAGGUAAAGGAGGGAGAAAAAUUAUCAGUCACAGAUGAGGGCAAACGAGGAAUGGAAGUGAACGUUACUCCGGAGGAGAAAAGGGAAGUGAUGUCUUCUAGUGAGACAAUAGAAAAUGCACUUCAGAAUGAAACAGCUGCUGAUAAACAGGAACAUAAGGAGAAGGCAAGUGAAAGAAAGAAAAACGAAUCUGACAGUAAAGUGAAGAAAGAAAAUAAAAUUAAAGACUUGGAUGAUGAUAAAAGAGUGUCAGACUCAAGCUGUAAGACAAGAAAUUUUGGGAUUAAGGAAGUUCCAGAAUCCUCUAUUCAUAAAGCUGCAGAGGACACCGAGCAGAAACACGGUGUUCAAGUACGCAGAUCUUGGGAAACAUCCGCGAAGUCCAAAGAAGGACACGCAUCCAAAAGUAGUGAGACUCUGGAAUCUACAGCAACCCUACCAUCAAAGAAGUCUGACGCGAAAGAUCAGUCACAGGACGUUCAUCGUAGAACCCUUGAUGAGCCAAAUACAGAAAAAACAUUACGUACUGCGUUUCAGGAAACAGCCUCAAGGGGCGAAAAAAGCGAGGAAAGUCUUCAACGAUCUGAUGUUAUGUAUUCUGAGAAAAGUCAAGAAGGUAACAGAAUGAAGGCUGGUAAUUCAUUAUUAACUGAGACUGCUAUUAAUGAUCAGAUCAAGCAAUUAGAACACGAAGUUCAACGAUGUCCACAACAGAAAACAGUGCACCAGAAACAACAGCCAUUGAAGCAACAGACAGAAUUACAAGAGCAAAAAGAAACUCGGCCGAAACAGCAGAAAUCGCGAGAACAGCGAGUGGAACAACGGAAACAAGAACGCCAGACAGGGAAAGGCAAGCAAAAUGAAUGGAAAGAACAGAUUCAACAGAAAGAACAGCAGAUUCAGCAACCACAAAAGAAGAGAAUUCAAUCUGUUCAGAAGAAUCAACAACAGUCAACGGUGAAAGAACAGGGAACACAGAAACAGAAGCUAGAACAGCAACAAAGACAGGAACAAACAAAGGAAGGUUAUAACGAAAGGCAGGAAGAAGAAAAGUUUGGACCACAGCAGUUCCAAUCAUACGAGGAGGAAAAAGAAAGAAAUUCAAAAGAACACGAGAAGGACAAAGAAAAUGAAGCAAACCGACAGAAAUAUCGUCAGUCAGUAAAAUGGUUACAGCAGGAAAUAAUACAACAAAACCAAUCAAAAUGGCAGCAGCAUCAACACGAACAACCCGAAAAGCAACUGACGCCAAAAGAAGACCAGGAAAAACUAAAGCAACGGCACGAGGAACUGAAACAAAAACAGGAACCAGCACAAUUGACUCGGCGACACGAAGAAGAAAAACCAAAGCAGCAGCAAAAGCAAGAAGAGCCAUCUCAAGAAAGUGAAGAAGGCGGUGCUCCGGGAUGUGGAGGGAUGCGAGGUGGGAGUUGCCCCAUCUACUUUGGAGUCAAAAGUUACCUUCACCAUUUUUAUGAUUCGGCUCCGGUUAAAAAUUCUCAACUCUACGAAGAUUACGUUGAGGAAGAUGACUUUGAGUAUACGGUGGAUCCAAUGAAAAGCCGUGGCUGUCGUAAGUGUUGCCACGGAUUUUGGUUCCGUGCCGGACUUUGGGGAGGGAUCAACCUGAUCUUAGUUGGAAUCAUUACACUCCUAGUAGGACAUCUGACACCUCAGCGUGAGAUGAUUGUAGGCCAUCAUAGUAACAUCGAAAUACUAGAUCAUACGGCCGUUGCUUUUAAUCACAGACUGGAACUCUGCCGUCUCGCUGGGCUUGCGGUCUUCUGCUGCGGAGGCUUGGUCUUACUUCUUACUCUUCUGCUGUCCACGUUCUUUCAUGUUGGAGGCCAUAAUAACAAUAAUAGCCGCUGCUGCAAUGAAAAUGCAUACUAUGACUACGUUACAACGUCUCUGGUAGAACCAUUUAUUCCAGGCCAGGCUCAAGGUUUGCCUGUACCUGCCGUGGCAGACACAAAGAUUCCAGUCACAGAACAAAUUAAAUCAGUUCAGCCAACACUAUGGCCAGGUAUUGCCACUAUCAAGGAUGGCACCGUUGUCUCUCACAUGCCUUGAAAAAAAAAUGUCAAUAAAAGUACUACAAGAAGCAAAUUAUUUUGUAAUAAUUCCUGAAUAAAAAUAAUCAAUAAUUUUUGGAA